GCAUGAAUAGUUGAAGCAUGUAAAAAGCCAAUCAAAUUCCAGGGAAUACCAGCCAUCAUCAGUAGCUUCACUCAAAGUUCAAGCAAAACGCUAUCAAACCACCACGACAAGUAAAUAAUCCAAAAAGGCUCAAGAAUUAUUAUUACCCUCAACCCACAUAAAAACCAUGCAACCAUCCUCUUUCACCAACGCCUGUACAAUUUAAGGGGUACCCUACCCUACGGCUACAGAAAACCAGUAAGGUCCACUUCAAACUCAUAAAUCAUCACCAACUGCAUCUCAGAAACCUUUAUCAUUGGUCUCUGUAAAGUGUGAAGAAAACCACAAUUUCCCAUAAACCAGAAAGAGAGAAAUCAAACACAGCCAUAUUCAAUAGUCUAGAGAAUCAACCAAGAUGAGAAGUAGCAAUCACCUGAUAGGUCUGCUAAACUUCUUAACUUUCUUGCUCUCAAUCCCAAUUCUUGGUGGUGGGAUAUGGCUAAGCAGCCGAGCCAACAACACAGAUUGCUUAAAAUUCUUGCAGUGGCCAUUGAUCGUGAUUGGGGUGUCUAUUAUGGUUAUAUCUUUGGCUGGUUUUGCUGGCGCGUGUUAUAGGAACACUUUCUUGAUGUGGCUAUACUUGUUUGUUAUGUUCUUCAUCAUCGCAGCGCUUAUAGGGUUCAUCAUCUUUGCAUAUGCAGUGACCGAUAAAGGGUCAGGGCGGCCGGUGAUGGGCAGAGCAUAUUUGGACUAUUAUCUGCAAGAUUACUCAGGUUGGCUGGAGGAGCGUGUGGCUAGUGAUAGCUACUGGAGCAAGAUUAGUUCUUGUAUUAGAGAUUCUAAGAUUUGUGCUAAGAUGGAAGUCACCAUUAAUGGUAUGCCUGAAACUGCUGAUAUGUUUUAUCAAAGGAAGCUUAGUCCUAUUCAGUCUGGUUGCUGCAAGCCUCCUAGCGACUGUGGUUUCUCUUAUGUGAAUGAAACUGUAUGGGCAUCUGGAGCUGGAGGGGUUGCUUACAACACCGACUGCAGCAACUGGAGCAAUGAUCAAGAGCAGCUGUGCUAUUCUUGCAACUCUUGCAAGGCUGGAGUGCUAGGCAGCCUGAAGAAGAGUUGGAGGAAGGUGUCAGUAAUUAACAUCAUUGUAUUAAUCAUCCUAGUGAUUGUUUAUGUGAUCGGCUGUGCAGCUUUCAGGAACAAUCGCAGGAUAGAUAAUGAUGAACCCUACGGUGAAGCAAGGAUGACAAAGGCACAACCUAGUAGGAUCCAUCUCUAAAUGCAGUGAAAUUCAUGCCUGGAUGCUUAGCAUGCCAGGGAUGUAUUUUAUGGUUUUACCAUUCCUAUUAGGACUGUUACAUCUUAGUGCACUUAAAUUUUGUUCCUUGUUUUAAAAGAUUUGGAUGUAUAUGUUGCUUCCAGAUAAACUGUUUCUUCUACCGAAUACUAAGAAAAGAAGAAAAAAAGAAAAAAAAAAGUAUUCUAAUUAGAA